UUUGUGAGCCUUUCUGUCUGAAACAGUGUUGAAAUCCAACAAAAUCAUACACUUUUUAGAGCUUUGUGCAAAGUCCGAUAGGUUACGCUACAAAGAAACUUGACAGCAAGGGAAGAGGGAGAAUAUGUUUGGAAAAGAAGAAGGAAAAAAUCAAAACAUUUUUUGUAGCGUCUUUUGCAGCUUUGUGGUUCGCAGCUUCGUGACGUCUUUCGCAGCAUUUUAGCACCCUUAUACGCAUUUGUAUUGAUAUUUAAGUUAGUUUUCUACAUGAAAAAGGACUCAAAUGAGAAAAAAGUCUCGGUUAUAAACAAAUUGUGUGGCAAAAAUCGCCAUUUGCAGGCUCUGCGUAAGUCUGGCGUUUUAUACCGAAGAGCCGCAAAACUGUUGAAGCAGUAUAAAGAAUCGGUGGAAGAUAUUGUGAAAGUGGUAUCACCAUCAGAACUACAAGCAGCGUCGACUUCACCGGAGCUGUUCGAUGGCAAGAAUACCGAUAUGGCAUCAUCAGUUGAUCCCGAACACAUGCUUUUUCAAGAAACUCAGGAUUUGGAACUGAACCUAAGUGAAUCGGAAGAUGAAGCAUCGAUGGACGACGAAGAUCAGAACAUAAGAUCUGAGGACGAUGAAAACGAUCCUGACUACACCAAAAUGACAAGCGAAGAGGGCUUACGGUAUUGGGUGCUAGCUCGAUCAGAAUCCCACGCAUCUUUAAAAAGUUUGCUAAAGUAUCUUCGAGCCAACAUAGAUCUCCGUGUGCCUAAAGAUCCAAAGACAUUGCUGCGGACACGACGAAAUCCUCGAAUCGACGAAUUUCGUCUAUAGGCAAUGGCCAAUUUUUUGUAUAAUGGAAUACGCCACUGCUUGACAAGUGAAAUGCGAAAACAUACCGCAGUGCCACAGACGCUUCAGUACGAUCUUAACAUCGAUGGCCUUCCUCUUAAUACGCGAUCUUAAACACAGUUCUGGCCAAUUUUGUUGAAGGUUGUUGACCAGCCGAAUCGGUGUCACAACGAAUGGUCUUUUUGGAUACGUCUGCGCCAAAGCGCACUCACAAAGGAUUUUUAGAUGGAGAUUAUAUUCUGCAUUGUACGGGGUCCACGCCGUUGAUUGAUUUGGACGAAUUUGACAUCAUUCUGGAUAUGAUUGUUGUUGAUCAUCUCCAUCAAAUAGACAUUGGUGUUACAAAAAACUUACUUCACAUUUGGUACAUGGGAGUGUUACAAGAAUGGAAAAGAUGGAAUCGCCAGCAACGUGAAGAAUUUAAACAAAGACUCCUAAAAAAAAUUCCCCUUUGAAACGAGCCAAAAAAUGCGCCCGAUUGACGACCUAGCAUAUUGGAAAGUGUCACAUUCCAUCAUCUUGUCACAAGGGUUAUGACAGAUAUGCACAACAGUGUAUAGGGGGCUUAUGGCACGCCAAUGCGGGGCGCGAUUCAUGUGACGUUUGGCCACUGAACGAUGAUUCGGGAACAACGCUUGAGACGAAAUAGAACUAAACAAGAACUACCAAAAUUCCGGCUUGUGUCGAAUUUAUUAGUGGCGACGAGGAUUAAACUAAAGGAAGGAAAAUGGCACAAAAAAGUAUCCAGCAAGCGAUUCUUCAAAUGACGCAAAUUUUGCAGCAGCUUGCGCAACCAACUCCAGCACCUUCCAACCCGGAGAAGACUCUUGAAGCUUUGGCAACUAACAUAAGCGAGUUUUCGUUCGACCCGGAUAAAGGCAUUACAUUCGAAAAGUGGUUUUCCAGAUACACAGACCUUUUCGAUUCAGACGCAGGAAGCUUGGACGAUGCGGCCAAAGUGCGCUUGCUCAUGAGGAAGCUGGACACAUCAUCGCACACCCGGUAUGCAAAUUACAUUUUACCAAAACUUCCUAAGGACAUCAACUUCACGGACACCAUUGCAACACUUGGUAAAAUCUUCGGUGAGCAGACUUCCAUCUUCAACAAAAGAUACCAAUGCUUGCAGCUUAUCAAAUCAGACGCAGAGGAUAUCAUCACAUACGGAGGGAAAGUAAACCGUGCUUGCGAAGAUUUUGAUUUUAAAAACAUGAAAAUCGACCAAUUCAAAUGCUUAGUUUUAAUUUGCGGUCUCAAGGGUCAUAGCUACGCGGAUGUUCGAGCUAGGCUGCUCUCCCGGAUCGAGAACGAAUCAGCAGACGCACCCAUCACCUUGCAGAAUCUGAUUGAUGAGUACCAGCGACUCGUUAAUCUGAAAACAGACACUUCCAUAAUCGAGCACCAGUCAAACUCGAAACCAUCGGUGUACGCAGUUACUUCUAAGGUAAACAAUCGUCAACAACACUUCCCGAAGCCGGAUCAGAAAACACCCCGUACUCCUUGCUGGCAAUGCGGUCAGAUGCACUACAUUCGCGAUUGUCCAUUUUCAAAACAUCAGUGUCAACAAUGCAAUCGUGUAGGACACAAGGAGGGCUAUUGUGCCUGUUUUUCAAAACAAUCCAACGCAGGUGACAACACAAAUUCCACACCGUCAUCAUCACAGUCAGCUACACAAAACGGUAAGAAACCUUUCAACAAAAACAAAGCUAAAAAAGAGGGACAGCAGAGAGGAGUUUUUGCGGUAAACAAAGAAGGCGUUGUUGCUAGACGCAAAUACGUGGAAGUUCACAUCAACAACAAUAGUAUCGAACUGCAGCUAGAUUGUGGUUCAGAUUACACAAUUGUAUCAAAGGACACACUAACCCUUCUUGGCAACCCCGAAAUACAUGCAACGGCAUUGCAAGUCAAAACCGCAGGUAAGGUAAAUCAGGUAAAUCUCUCCCCUUAGUGUCCUGCGUUAUCUCUUUCCGAGACAUACUUCUCGAAUUUUCCUGCGAUAUCUCUUUUCGAGACAUAACGGUAACCGGUACAUGUUACGUAACGCCGGUGGUUGGAUUCAAUGUAUUAGGUAGCGAACUAAUGGAAGCGUUCGGUCUAUUUGAUAUUCCAAUCAAUGAAUAUUGUAAACAAGUUACCGGACCAUCAGAAACUACCACCAUUAACAACCUGGUAGGAAAAUUUCCAACUUUAUUUGAAGAUGGAUUGGGACGAAGCAUCAAAACAAAGGUGAAACUGUUUUUGGUAGACGGAGCGACUCCUGUUUUCAAACCCAAGCGACCAGUUCCGUAUCACUCACAAAGACUGGUAGAGAAGGAGUUGCUAAGACUUCAACGUUUGAAUGUAAUCGAGCCAAUCGAAUAUUCAGACUGGGCUGCACCAAUCGUGGUUGUGCGAAAGGCUCAAACAGAUGCUGACGGCGAUCCUGUAGUACGCAUAUGUGCAGACUAUUCGACAGGGUUGAAUGAAAGGCUAGAAGCAAACAAAUAUCCGCUACCCACACCAGAUGAGAUCAUUGCUAAACUAGCAGGAAGUCAAUAUUUCAGUACAAUUGACUUAUCCGACGCCUAUUUGCAGAUCGAGGUGGAAGAACAAUCACAAAAAGUCCUCACAAUAAACACACACAAAGGACUGUUCAAGUACAAGCGUCUCCCACCAGGCGUAAAAUCAGCUCCAGGGGCCUUCCAAAAGGUAGUUGACAACAUGCUCAGCGACUUAGAAGGUGCCCAAUCCUUCCUUGAUGAUAUUUUGGUAUUUGGACGAACACGUAUAGAGCAUGACAGAAACUUGGAACAAAUACUAACAAAAAUCCAAGAGUACGGGUUCAAAUUGAAGGCAGAGAAAUGCAAAUUUCGAAUGACACAAGUCAAAUACCUAGGCCAUAUUAUCAGCGGGAAAGGUGUGUCUACAGAUCCGGAGAAAGUAGCAUCCAUAGCAAAGAUGCCAGUUCCGAAGAAUAUAUCAGAGCUACAAUCAUUUCUAGGAGCAGUGAAUUACUAUGCAAGAUUCAUUCGGGAAAUGCACACAUUGCGCAAACCACUAGAUGAACUGCUGAAACAAAAUGUAGCAUGGAACUGGAACGACAACUGCCAAAAAUCGUUUGAUCGAUUCAAAGAGCUUCUACAGUCAGACCUUAUGCUUACACACUUCAAUCCAGAGCUAGAAAUAAUUGUAGCCGCAGACGCAUCCAACAGUGGUAUCGGUGCUACAAUUAGACACAGGUUCCCUGACAACAGUGAAAAGAUCAUUCAGCACGCAUCACGAUCAUUAACACCAGCGGAACAAAAAUAUGGUCAAAUUGACAAAGAAGCAUUGGCUCUGGUUUAUGCAGUGACUAAAUUUCACCGCAUGAUUCUUGGCAGACGGUUUGUGUUGGAAACAGAUCACCAACCGCUACUUCGCAUUUUCGGCUCGCAUAAAGGCAUCCCAACACACACAUCGAACAGAUUGCCGCGGUUUGGAUUAACACUAAUGUGUUAUGAUUUCGAACAUGCCCAUUUUGCCCCGCUUUCCCCUACCA